ACUUGAACACAGAAUUGCAUUGCACUCUCAAAUGGGUAAUAGAAUCAGUAGCCUCUGUCUCUGUUCUGCCGGCGCCGGAGAAAUCUCCGGCAGGUUUUAUAACAGCUUUGCCUUGUUAUCCAAGAAUCAUGACAAAGCUAUUUGCAACUCCAUCUCCUAUGUGAGACCGAACUCGCCUGGAUUCUCCGGCGAUACAUUCUCGGAAGAGGAUGCCGACACCCUAGUGACUUUCCGGUUGGUCUCCGGAGCCACCGUGAGUGCAAAUUCCUCAUCAACACCUUCCAUUUACCUUGAUGACUCUCUUCAACAUAGCACUGUUUUGGAUUCCUCUGCUUCAUUUGAAAGCUUUGGUUCAUUCACUUCCACAAUGAUGCAUCCUCAAAAUCAAAAUCAGAAUGAUCCUCGUAGUUCUUCUGUGUGUGGCUCCAUUGAAAAAGGGUUAUCUUGGAGCCCUUUUAAUCUUGUGUUGAAUGAUGAUGAUUCCAUUGAAAAAUCUUCAGAACAUGUCAAGAAGAUAAAGAAACCUAACAAGAUCAGCUUGCAGAAUGUUCUAAGUAGAGUUUUUUCAAAAAAAGUAUCUUCUGGAAAAGGAUCAAUUUUUAAGAAUAGAGAUAAUGUUAAUGUUAAUGCAAAUGCAAGAGUGAGUUGUAGUACUAGUUUAAGUGAUGAAUUGAGAUUGCAUAAUGAGAACUAUAUGGAUGAUGAUGGAUGUGAUGAUAUGUCAAUGGUUUGUGAGAAUCUUCAUAUGGCUCAAGGAAAAGGCGGUGAGGAUCGUAUGCAUAUCGUGAUUUGUGAGGAACAUGGAUGGGUUUAUGUGGGAAUUUAUGAUGGAUUUAAUGGUCCUGAUGCAACUGAUUAUCUUCUUAAUAAUAUGUUUUAUGCUGUACAUGAUGAGCUUAAAGGGUUUCUAUGUAAUCGAAAUCGAAAUAGUAGUAAUAAAGUGAAAAGUGAAGAGGGUUUUAGUCACAUAGAUGUGUUAGAAGCUCUUUCAGAGGCAAUGAGGAAAACUGAGGAUGCAUUUUUGAAGAUAAUUAAUGAGAUGAUUAAUCAUAAUCCUGUUUUGGCUAUGAUGGGUUCUUGUGUUUUGGUUAUGUUGAUGAAAGGUGAAGAUGUUUAUUUGAUGAAUGUUGGUGAUAGUCGCGCUGUUUUAGCUACUCGGAUUGGGAAUCAUCCUCAACUCACCAUGGAUCAUAGCACUCAUGUGAAAGAGGAGGUUCGUAGAAUCAGACAGGAGCAUCCAGAUGAUCCUUCUGCGGUAAAAAAAGGCCGAGUGAAAGGUUACUUGAAUAUCACAAGGGCUUUUGGAGCAGGAUUCCUUAAGCAGCCUAAACAAAAUGAUGCAAUGUUAGAGACUUUCAAAAUUAACUACAUAGGAGAAUCUCCUUAUAUCACAUGCUCCCCUUCAUUACACCACCAAAAACUCAGCUCAAGUGACAAAUUUCUUAUACUGUCUUCUGAUGGACUUUACCAAUACUUCACAAAUGAAGAAGCAGUUGCAAAAGUAGAGUCAUUCAUCAUCAUGUUUCCAGAUAAAAAUCCAGCACAACUUCUCAUUGAAGAAGCACUUAGUCAAGCAGCCAAAAAAGCAGGUAUGGAGUUCCAUGAGUUGCUUGAUAUACCACAAGGGGAAAGAAGGCUAUACCAUGAUGACAUUUCCAUUGUCAUAAUAUCCUUGGAGGGAAAAAUAUGGCGUUCAUUGGUGUAAAUGUAAUCAGUGUGAUAUUAACUUACUAAUCAGAGUGACACUAACCUAAAGUUUAAGUUUAGGGAAUUUCCCUUCAUGUGUGUUUAGUUCUACGGUGAUGAAAAUUGACCUAGAAAGUGAAUUUUUGGUUAUAUAUGAGAUCGAAUGGAGUUAUACGAGAGAAGUUCAGUUUUGUUUUGACAGCUUCUUAACUAAUACUGUAUUUUGUUUUCUUUCAAUCAAUGGUAUAUUUUUAUGA